CCCCGAGGCUUUGCCUUGACACAUCCAGAUUCGAAGAUUUCAGAACCCUGAGUCCCUGACGGCCCUUGACCCCGGAGGCUUUGCCUAAACCCUUCUUCGUCGCCAGCGGCUCCGCGCUCCUGGCGUCGCCUUAAUCCGGCCAUGGUGGGCUCGGAUCCGGACCGGAGUGGAGGCGCCCCGGACGUCUCCGAGCUAUUCUGCCACUACAACUCCCUCUACUUCCGCGAUUCCCUGGGGUCCUGUGCAGUCUUGUGGGCGGAGGACCCACUGCCCGAUCGUGAUGUAAGCACAUGCGACUAUUAUCCUGGAGGUGGUGGCUGUAUUAUACUUCUUUCCAAAUCCUUGUCCGAAUGUCAUGAUGAAUCUGAUCUGAAGAAUGCUUUGCUUCAUGAGAUGAUUCACGCUUAUAUUUGCAUCAAAGACAAUAACAGCGACCACAGUGACCAUGGUGCAAAAUUUCGGAAACUGAUGAAUACAAUCAAUUUAAGCUCUGUAGCUGAUCCCCAUCGACCAGUUGAUGGCUACAGCAUAACUCUGCUUCAUGAAAUCAGAAAUAAAUAUUAUCACUACAAGUGUCAAAGCUGUGGAGAUUUGAUCAAGUCAAUCAAGUUGAGAGUUCCUUCUGGUGAUGACUGCAUUGAGAGAAAAGGUGUCGAUGACCCAUGUCAAAAUUCUAAGUGUCACUGGCAUAGACACAAGCAGCAGUGCCCGGGUAGCUAUUGUAGAGUUCAAGAUUCAUUACCUGGAGGUCCAAAAGUGGAAAAUGCACUCGACGAGGACAAGGGCAGAAGAAGCAAUAAAAAUGAACGGGAAGAUGCCUCUGCUGUUACUGAUAAUACAAUUGGCUGUUCAGAACUGUGGUCCUCCUCAAGAGACAGGUCCAACAAGAAAAUCAAAAUUUCAAAGGAUGAUUGCUGUGACCUUAAAACUAUAGAAACUGUUCAUGAAGCACCAAAGCGUCCAAGAACAGAUGUAUUAGAGAACCAAGAGUACAGCAGACGGAAGAAAAGGAAACAAAGAAAGGUGGAUGUCUACUCAGUAAUAAUUGAAUGGCUGAAUUACUAUUGUUCUAGUGAUUCAGAUGAGGAUGAGGUACCAUUGAUUAAUAAGCGAACAGAAACAAGACAACGCCAAAAAUUACAUGACAUGUCUAUAGCCAGGUUAUCCAACAAUAAUGUUGUGUCUGUAAGCUCACCUUCUGAUACAGUUGGAUCUCGCUUGCUAGAUCCAGGGGACAACAACAAACUUGGAAUUGUGGCAGCUUCUCAGCCUGAAGAAAGAUCCCGGCGAAUUCAUCCUGUGGGUAGUAAUGGAGUUGCUGGAAAUCAAGCUGGUUAUGAAUCUCUGCCUUCUCCGUUGGAUUCACCAAUUAGAGGUGAAAUUGUUGACAUUUCAGAUGGUUGAGUACAAGAGUUCCGUGUUAUUUCCUUAUACUGAAGCCUGGAUUUAGGAUUAUCCAGUAUAGUGGUUGUAAAGACCCUAGUUUCUUUUAUGCACCUUGCAACUGCUAGACAAGUAGACAUGCUGAGUGCCUUUGUACCUGAGCUUUUUUCCGUUAGUUUAUGCCUUUGUAUAUAAGUUUUGUUUGUUCAUUUAGCAUUA